GUGGCCCCGAGGCGCGAGGACAGCACGAGCGCCACUGGCCACGCCCUGCCCCGUCCAGCCCCGCGGCGACUCCUCUGCCCACUGCUUCCGCCCGCAGCGCCGAUCCGAAGCUCUGGCGGCGGUUUGUGCUCGUUGGUCCAGGGAUUUUUAGGUCUGGCUUCUGAAGACCCGACGGGGAAUUGCAACCAUGAAUGAAGAAAACACCGAUGGAACAAAUGGAUGCAAUAAAGUACGUACUGGCACUCAGAAUGAAGCCGCAUUGCUGGCUCUCAUGGAAAAGACUGGCUACAACAUGGUCCAAGAAAAUGGGCAAAGGAAAUUUGGUGGUCCUCCUCCAGGUUGGGAAGGUCCACCUCCCCCUAGAGGUUGUGAAGUUUUUGUUGGAAAAAUACCUCGUGAUAUGUAUGAAGAUGAAUUGGUUCCUGUAUUUGAAAGAGCUGGGAAGAUAUAUGAAUUUCGACUGAUGAUGGAAUUUAGUGGGGAAAAUAGAGGUUAUGCUUUUGUGAUGUAUACUACUAAAGAAGAAGCCCAGUUAGCUAUCCGGAUUCUUAACAAUUAUGAGAUUCGACCAGGGAAGUUUAUUGGUGUGUGUGUAAGCUUGGAUAAUUGCAGAUUAUUUAUUGGAGCAAUUCCCAAAGAAAAGAAAAAGGAAGAAAUUUUGGAUGAAAUGAAGAAAGUUACAGAAGGUGUUGUGGAUGUGAUUGUUUAUCCAAGUGCAACUGACAAAACCAAGAACCGCGGGUUUGCCUUUGUUGAGUACGAGUCCCACAGAGCUGCUGCUAUGGCCAGGAGAAAGCUGAUUCCGGGAACAUUUCAACUCUGGGGCCACACCAUUCAGGUAGAUUGGGCUGAUCCAGAGAAAGAAGUCGAUGAGGAAACCAUGCAGAGAGUUAAAGUUCUGUAUGUAAGAAAUCUAAUGAUCUCAACUACAGAGGAAACAAUUAAAGCAGAAUUCAAUAAAUUCAAGCCUGGUGCAGUGGAACGCGUAAAGAAACUUAGAGAUUAUGCAUUUGUUCACUUUUUCAACCGAGAAGAUGCAGUGGCUGCUAUGUCUGUUAUGAAUGGAAAAUGCAUUGAUGGAGCCAGUAUUGAGGUAACCCUGGCAAAGCCAGUAAAUAAGGAAAAUACUUGGCGACAGCAUCUUAAUGGCCAGAUCAGUCCCAAUUCUGAAAACCUACUUGUAUAUGCUAACAAGGAAGAGAGUCACUCCAAAGGUCUAGGCAAAGCACCAGCUCUCCCAGCUCGUCUCAAUGGUCAGCAUAGUCCAAGCCCCCCUGAGAUUGAGAGAUGUACUUACCCUUUUUUUCCUGGAACAAAGCUGACCCCAAUUAGUAUGUAUUCUUUAAAAUCCAAUCAUUUUAAUUCUGCAGUGAUGCAUUUGGAUUAUUACUGCAACAAAAAUAAUUGGGCACCACCAGAAUAUUAUUUAUAUUCAACAACCAGUCAGGAUGGAAAAGUACUCUUGGUGUACAAGAUAGUUAUUCCUGCGAUUGCAAAUGGAUCCCAGAGUUAUUUCAUGCCAGAUAAACUCUGCACAACGCUGGAGGAUGCAAAGGAACUGGCAGCUCAGUUUACGCUGCUUCAUUUGGACAGGGAACACAGUCUCUUCAGCCUGGACCUGUGUAGAAGAAUUUGGAGGAAAUAAGCAGGUCCUUUCUGAUGUUGCUUGAGCUUAUUCUCCUGCAGUUGGUCUCAUUCCUGUUCGUUAAACAUUAAGUUUCAUGACAACAUUAAGUUAAUCCUCAUGUGUUGUAGACCUCAUAGUGAAUGAUAUUGGAGACUGAAAGCUUGACCUGUAUAGUAAAUGAUCUUAUUCAAUUUUUUCCAUUCCAACAAUAGCACAACUUUAAAAAAUGAUCAUUUAUAGACACAGUCAACCAGUUUGACUUAUGCUAUAGUAAAGAGCAUAGUUGAGUUUUUGGAAAGUACAGGAUCUACAAAUUUGGUCAAUAAAACACACACCUACAGAAUUACUCCAAUUAAGGAAGCAGGAAAUUAUUGGUACAUUAGAUGAACAUUUGUUUGAAAUUAAUAUUUCAAAUAUAAUUGUUUUAAUAAUUUGGUUAAUUUUGGAUAAUUUUCUCUGCUAUUAAGUUGAUAAUGGUUUUUGCCGUUCUUUUGGUAGGGACGAUUCAUUUUACUGUUUUGUGGUACCAGUGAGACUCUAAUGUUAAAUUGAUGUUCGCUUGUAUGAAUGUUUGUGCCAGCAUUUAAAUAAUGAAAUUUUGGACAGUUAGUUUAUACCAGAAGUCCAAGGGCAAAUGCUUAUGCUGGUUUGAUACCUAAUAUUUUUUUUUUAAAAAAAAAAAAAAAAAGAAAAAAGAAAAGAAACUGAAUUCACUGUUCUUUUAUCUUUUUCAUGAUCUACCCUUGGUGUCAGAUCCAAUUUAAGAGAAACUUUUUGUUGAUUAAAGAGAAAUCAGAGGUUCUCUUUUUCUGUGUUAAGAAGAAAAAGAUACCCAAAGUGUACUGUAGUAAGACCUUUCAAACAGUGUUGUCGGUUAAGGAAAGAACCCUGACUUGAUGUAACUGCUGUUGUUUGCACUGCAGAGAUAGUAAUCCACCACCAUUACAGUAGCAUCAGGUAUUUAAAUGUUAGAACAUUAUGUUAAAACGUGAUUGUCAUUUGAAUGUUUUGUCUUUUGAAUUAAAUUUGUGUCCACAAAGAUGUGCAGCAUAACUGUUCAUAUAUUUAUUUACAGACUACAAUUUCCGUCGCAGCUCAAUAAAUAGUCUUUCCCCUGUUAGCGCUACCCUCUCUUCUGGGACUCCCAGCGUGCUUCCUUACACGUCAAGGCCUUCUUCUUAUCCAAGCUAUCCCUUGUCACCAACAAUAUCACUUGCUAAUGGCAGCCAUGUUGGACAACGACUAUAUAUCUCCAGUCAGGCCUCAUUCUUCUGAAAAAAAGUCUGGAUAUAGUAGUACAAACUUCUCUUUGUAUAAGGCAUGAAAAUUAAAAUACUGUUGUAUUUAAGAAUUGGGUUUGCACAUUUGACUUUAAAAACAAAUAUUUUAACAUAUUAAACAGCUAUAAUUCAGAAUGACAAGAGUGGCAGGAUUUGCAGAAAUGCAAUGAAAAGUUACUCAGUGAUAGCAGACUACUACUGUGGUUUUUAAGCUUUGGGGGUUCCAGUUCCCGAGCUUGAAAGGAUUCCAGUCGUUGAUGAUUUUUGUAUAACAACUUUGUAAAACAGCAUUUUACAAAUAUUGAAGUACUUAAAGGCAGUGGUUGUACUAGAUUAGAUUACCAAGGACCGCUAUCUAUAGUGGAGUUUGGAACAGUCAUGUAACCAGAAGCACCUGGCUAUUAUGUAGAAAGAAAUGAUGAGACAAAAAAGAUUAAGAUGCAGAGUUUUGGCAGAAGUAAUGAAAAAUCAGUCUACCAUUGUGGUCCUUGAAAGUAAGCAAAUAUUUUAGUUAAUAUUUGUUACAGAAAUAAAUUAUAGCUUUGCUGUUAAUAUAUUUAAGGUUUUUAUAGUUAUAAUUCAUUUAUGUUUUGAUAUUCAUUACAUUGUUUACAUAAGAAGUGUUAAUGUUUUUUAAAUGUUGAAAUCAUGUGUUGUUUAAUUUUUAUACUUCAAAUUCUUCAACAUUAAAUAUAUGGCACUACU